AUGAAGUGCCUCAUCGCUCUCGGCGCUCUCGUUAGCGCAGCGGCCGCUCAAGCCGGCGCGUACGCACAAUGCGGCGGCCAAGGCUGGUCCGGAGCAACAACCUGCGUCUCCGGAUACACCUGCACCGUGUCGAACCAGUGGUACAGCCAGUGUCUUCCCGGCUCCAGCCCGCCUCCGGCCGGAACGACUUUGGCGACUACGACCCGUGCAUCGACGCCGAGCUCGACACCGGCGCCCGGUGCUGGUGGAUGGAAGUGGUUCGGUGUUAAUGAGGCUGGUGGCGAGUUCGGCGAGAAGGUUCUGCCCGGUACUUGGGGCAAGGAGUUCAUCUUCCCUGACCCUGCUACCAUCACUACCCUUCGCGGCCAGGGUUACAACACCUUCCGCGUGCAGUUCAAGAUGGAGCGCAUGACCCCCAGCGGUCUCACCGGCGGCUUCAACAACGCCUACCUCCAGAACCUGACGACGGUGAUCAACCACAUCACCAACAGCGGUGGCUGGGCCGUCCUGGACCCCCACAACUACGGCCGCUUCAACGACGCCAUCAUCACCGACACCGCGGGCUUCCAGACGUGGUGGAAGAACUUCGCGACGCAGUUCAAGAGCAACAGCAAGGUCAUCUUCGACACGAACAACGAGUACAACACCAUGGACCAGACGUUGGUGCUCAACCUGAACCAGGCCGCGAUCAACGGCAUCAGGGCCGCGGGCGCCACCCAGUACAUCUUCGUCGAGGGAAACCAGUGGUCCGGCGCGUGGAGCUGGACUACCGUGAACGACAAUAUGAAGGCCUUGACUGACCCGCAGAACAAGAUCGUCUACGAGAUGCACCAGUACCUCGAUUCCGACAGCUCGGGUACCUCCACCGCGUGUGUGUCGACCACCAUCGGCGUCGAGAGGGUACAAGCUGCAACUGCCUGGCUGAGACAGAAUGGAAAGAUUGGUAUCCUCGGAGAGUUUGCUGGUGGUGCGAACUCUCAGUGCCAGACUGCUGUCAAGGGUCUCUUGGAUUACCUCAAGGCCAACAGUGAUGUGUGGACUGGGGCUCUUUGGUGGUCGGCUGGGCCCUGGUGGGGCGAUUACAUCUACAGCUUCGAGCCUCCUAGUGGCACGGGAUACACGUACUACAACAGCCUGCUCAAGAACUAUGUUGCAUAA